GUGCCGCGGGCGAGUGGGAUUCAGGUUCAGAUGAGCGGGACGCGCGGAGCGGGUCGGGCGUUUGUUGGGGGUUGUGCGAAGCGGAAGCUUAUCGCGCGCGCGUGCACGCGCCGUCAUCCCGCUGUGUCUGUCCGACCGACGCGGCGUUUCGCGCAGAGGAGAAGUUGGCCGCCAACUUUUGUGUUUGGAUCCUUUUCUCCCCGAAGUCUAGUGCCGCUCCGCCAUGACGUCACGCCAGUGGAUGGUCACCGUGGGCUUCCUGCUCUUGAUGCGCGUCCACGUCGCGCGUGUACAGGGACAAGUGUCUUCUCCGAGAAGGUUCCGGAGCAAAGUUCUCAGUCCCACACGGCUUUUGGUGUCCUGGAAGGAGCCCAAAGGUCCGCUCGACGGAUACGUGCUGGCCUACAGCACGCGCCCCGGUGGCGAGGAGACGGAGGUGAGCGUGGCGAAGGAGGACGCCGAGCUGCUGAUCGACACCUUCGACGCCAGCAGAGACUACGCCUUCAAAGUGUAUGCCCUCCGGGGGGCGCUAAGGAGCAAACCGCUGCUGGCCAGACACCAAGCCGAGCGAUCGGGACAAGAAAGGCUUCAGUCCCAAAGUCCGCAAGACGGCGGCCCCCCGCACGUCAACGCCAUCACUGAAGGUGAGGAAAGGUUCACCUGCGACACGUCGGCCACCGCCGACGUGGUGAUCCUGGUGGACGGCUCGUGGAGCAUCGGCCGCAGCAACUUCCGACUUGUCAGAAGCUUUCUGGAGAACCUGGUGCAGGCCUUCGCGGUGGAUGCGGAUGGCACGCGUGUCGGCUUGGUGCAGUUCAGCGGCGAGCCCAGGGUGGAGUGGCACCUGAGCAGUCACGUGACCAAAGCGGCCGUCGUGGACGCCGUCAGGAACCUGCCCUACAAAGGCGGAAACACGCUUACAGGUUUGGCACUGACCUUCGUCCUGGAGAACAGCUUCAAAGCCGAAUCCGGAUCCAGGGCCCGUGUUCCCAAGGUCGCCAUCCUGAUCACGGACGGGAAGUCCCAGGAUGAUGUGGUGCCGCCCGCCCAGACCCUGCGGGACGCCGGGAUCCGAGUCUUUGCCGUCGGCGUGAAGAAUGCGGAUGAGGACGAGCUGAAGGCCAUCGCCUCGCCGCCCACCGACACGCACGUCUACAACGUGGCCGACUUUGACGUGAUGGGCGACAUCGUGGACGUUCUCACCAGGAGCGUCUGCCGCACAGUGGAGCAGCUGGCAGCUGGGGGCGAUGCGGAGCCACCGCCCGAAAAUGCGGCUCCUCCCCGUGAUCUGGUGAUCUCUGACAUCACGGCUCGGAGUUUCCGCCUGACCUGGGCGCCGCCGGAUGGCGAGGUGGAGCGCUACCGCGUGGUCUACUACCCGGCGAGCGGCGGCAAGCCGGAAGAGAAGGUGGUCCCGGGGUGGGAACGCAGUGUGUUGCUGGAGCACCUGAGCUCACUGAGCGACUACCAGGUGGCCGUGUUCGCUAUCUACCGAAACGCCGCCAGCGAGGCGCUGAGAGGGAGCGCCAGCACGUUGGCCCUGCCGGCCGUGGAGCGCCUGGACCUGUCCGACCCCACCCAUGACACCGUGAGGGUCCGCUGGAGGGCCGCCCCCGCCGCCUCAGGAUACAUGAUCCUCUACGCGCCGCUCAGUCAGGGAGAACCCGAUGACGAGAAGGAGGUGAAGGUGGCGUCCGAUGUGGAGGAGGCGGUGCUUGAGGGUCUGACGCCGUCGACGGAGUACACGGUGACGGUCUACGCCAUGUACGGAGAGGAGGCCAGCGACCCCGUCACCGGCCAGCUCAGCACGUUGGCGCUGCUCCCGCCGACCAAUCUGCGGCUGACGGACGUGGGCCACAGCUCCGCCCGACUCAGCUGGGACUCCGCCUCCGGGAAGGCCACGGGCUACAGCGUCAUCUACGCCCGCAGUGACGGCGUCGAAAGUAACCAGGUGGAGGCGGGCCGCGAUACCUCCUGGUUGCUUCGCAACCUCAGCCCCCUGACAGAGUACACGGUGGGCGUGGUCGCCACGUACGACCAGGGGCGAUCACAGCCGGCCACGCAAAGCUUCUCCACGGGGACCGUUCCAGAACCGGCCGACGUGAGGAUCCAUGACGCCUCCACUGUCGGCUUCCGGGUGUCGUGGCAGACCCCCGCUGACGACGUGGCACUCUACCGCCUCGGGUGGACACCCGCAGACGGUGGCAGUGAUGGUGGCAGCGACAGCGGAGAGGUGCUGCUCAACGCCAACAUAAACACCUACACGGUCACUGGACUCCGCCCCUCCACCGAGUACCAGGUCCUCGUGAGCGCCAUCUAUGGGAACGAGGUGGAGAGUGACCAGGUCGUGCUGCUAGAAUACACCGUGGAGAAAACAACCACUGCCGCUCUGGUAACUGCCAUCGUUCCAGCACCCCGCGGCGGUGUGCGGGACAUGACCGUCGAUGACCAAACCGCCUUUAGCCUGCGGGCGUCAUGGCAACACUCGGACGCCCACGACGUCCGCCAUUACCGCCUCAGCUACGGCAGUGCGGAUGGCAACCAAGAGACGAGGACGCUUCCGUCCACCCAGACCAGUUUGGUUUUACAACCGCUGUUGGCCGACACCCUGUACAAAAUGGCCGUCACGCCCGUCUAUCCGGAUGGAGAUGGAGCAACGGUCACGGCCAGUGGACGCACGCUUCCACCGCUGCCUCCCAGGAAUCUGCGCGUUUCGGAGGAAUGGUACAACCGUUUUCGGAUUAGCUGGGACCUUCCCGGUUCUCCCACAACGGGCUUCCGCGUGGUGUACCAGCCACUGUCGGGACCCGGACCCGCACUGGAGACCUUCGUGGGCGAGGACGUGAGCACCAUGAUGAUCGUCGGCCUUCUGAGCGGCGCCGAGUACGGAGUCAAAGUUCUGGCGUCUUACGGCGGCGGAUCCAGCGAGCCGCUGUCGGGCCGGGCCAGGACACUCCCGUUGGCCGUGACCGAGCUGAGCGUUCACCGGCGGGGACCGAGCGGCAUGUGCGCUCAGUGGCGGCCGCAGAGACACGCCGCCGCCUACAGAGUCGUCAUCGAGUCCCCCGGCGGCGGUCACGUGGAGGAAGCCAAGCUGAGCGCAGGAUCCAGCCGGCACUGUUUCGGCAACUUGAGACCCGGGACGUCGCACAAGGUCAGCAUUUACGCCCGACUGCAGGACGGAACGGAAGGCCCGGCCGUGUCCGCCACCGACGAGACUGAAGCCGUCCCCGCCCCGACGACCGCCCUGCCGCCAAUCACCACCCCGCUUCCCACGGUUCCCCCUGCCAAGGAAGUCUGCAAGGCAGCCAAGGCCGACCUGGCGUUCUUGGUAGACGGAUCCUGGAGUAUCGGUGAUGACAAUUUCCUGAAGAUCAUUGGGUUCUUGUCCAGUACCGCCGGGGCGCUGGACCAGAUUGGACCUGAUGGCACCCAGGUUGCCAUCGCUCAGUUCAGCGACGACACGCGCACUGAGUUUGCGUUGGACGCGUACGACGACAAGGAGCGCCUCCUGGACGCCAUCAACAAAAUCUCCUACAAGGGAGGAAACACCAAGACAGGUCGCGCGAUCCGGCACAUGAAAGACAACAUCUUCACAGCAGAGGGCGGAGUCAGGAGGGGAGUCCCCAAGGUGCUGGUGGUCCUCACCGAUGGCCGAUCGCAGGAUGACGUCAACAAGGUCUCCAAGGAGAUGCGGAUGGAAGGCUUCAUCAUCUUCGCCAUCGGCUUCGCUGACGCCGACUAUGGGGAAUUGGUGAGCAUCGCCAGCGAACCCAGCGACAGACACGUCUUUUUUGUGGACGACCUGGACGCCUUCAAGAAGAUCGAAGAGAAGCUGGUGACCUUCGUUUGCGAAGCUGCCACGGCCACCUGUCCGUCAGUGGCCAUGACCGGCGGCCCCGCUCCUGGCUUCCGCAUGAUGGAGCUUUUUGGGUUGUUGGAGGAGCGCUACAGCAGCCUGGCCGGCGUUUCCAUGGUACCAGGAACCUUUAACGCAUUUCCGUGCUUCCGCCUGCACGACGGCGCUCUCCUGGCUCAGCCAACCAGGUUGCUGCACCCUGAAGGACUUCCGUCAGACUACACCAUUACGCUGCUGUUCCGCCUGCUGCCCAGCACCCCGCAGGAACCUUUUGCUCUUUGGGAGGUCUUGAACCAGGACCGCGAUCCGCUGGUGGGCCUCAUCCUGGACAAUGGAGGAAAGACCUUGACUUUCUUUAACAACGACUACAGAGGACACUUUCAGACCGUCACCUUCGAGGGUCCGCACGUCAAGAAACUUUUCCACGGGAGCUUUCACAAGCUUCACGUGGUGAUCAGCAAGACCAGCGCCAGCGUGCUCGUGGACUGCCAGGCCGUGUCCACCAAAGCCAUCGAGGCGGCGGGAAACAUCAGCACGGCCGGGAUGGAGGUUCUGGGCAGGAUGGUUCGCUCCAGAGGGAAGAAGGACAACUCGGCACCAUUUGAGCUCCAGAUGUUCGACAUUGUGUGCAGCACCUCGUGGGCCUCCAGAGAUCUGUGCUGUGAACUUCCUGGUUUGCGCAACGAGGCCCAGUGUCCUGCCAUGCCCAAGGCCUGCACCUGCACCCAGGACAGCAAAGGUCCCGCAGGGCCAGCUGGACCCCCUGGUGGGCCGGGAAUACGAGGAGCCCGUGGUGAUCGUGGAGCACCCGGUCCAGUGGGGCCGGCUGGACUGGUCGGUGAGCCCGGAGCACCAGGAGCCCAGGGGGCCCCAGGACCACACGGGCCCAGCGGACGCUCCAUCAGGGGUGCCCCAGGUGCUCCGGGUGAGCGAGGACAGAAAGGAGAGUCAGGUCAACAAGGUCUGCAGGGCGUGGCCGGACGAGUGGGCACUCCAGGCAGAGAAGGACCCCCCGGCCCCAGAGGGCUGUCGGGCAAAGACGGUCCUCCCGGCCAACCGGGCCCCUCCGGAACUAUUGGAAGUCCAGGAGCUCCGGGGGCCCCCGGUACCACAGGACCCCCAGGAAAACAGGGCGACCUUGGGCCGCCGGGUCCUCCAGGAACCAGGGGCGACAAAGGUGAACGGGGCGACCUGCAGUCGUCGGCCACAGUCCAGACCAUCGCCAGGCAGGUGUGUGAGCAGCUCAUCCAGAGUCACAUGGCUCAGUUCAACGCCAUCCUGAACCACGCACCGAGCUCAUCCGUGACUAUCCGCAGCGUCCCGGGACCUCCUGGAGAGCCUGGUCGAAAUGGAUCCCCAGGGCCGCAAGGGGAACAGGGCCCCUCUGGAAGGCCCGGUUUCCCCGGACAAAACGGCCUGAAUGGCCAACCUGGAGAACAAGGUCCCCCGGGCGAGAGAGGAGAAAAGGGCUCUCCUGGUGUCGGGGUUCAAGGCCCCAGAGGACCGCCGGGACCUCCUGGUCCCCCGGGCCAAGGCAGACCGGGCAGCCAGGGACCGACCGGAAGACCCGGGAACUCGGGGGUCCCGGGACGUCCCGGGGUUCCCGGCCCGGUGGGCUCUGCCGGGCCUCCCGGUUACUGUGACCAGAACUCCUGCGUGGGCUACAACGUCGGAGUCCAACUGCCGUCCAACAUCUUCCCCAACUAUGGCGAGGUGGAGGACGAAGACCCGUACCGCUACUACCAGCCCGACUACCCGCCGCCGCGGCCCAUCCAGCAUGCAGAGCUUGACCCGGACCGCUCAGUACAGGAGCUGAGCCCCCAGGAUGAGGGAGCGGGGCCGGACAGGAGGCUGAGGAGAGGAAGCGCCAGGAAGUGAUGUCACCGAAUUGUCAGAGUGAGGCGGAGAGCCCGCGGACGGAGCGUAGCUAACACAUGUAAUCUCUGUACAUGAUUCUCAUUCAACAGCAUUUCAGGAGCUCAGGUAGUUGCCCCACUCCCCCAUCUACCCACCCACACCCCGGUAGGCGGAGCUAAUGGGCAGAUGUGACCCCAGCUCUCUGCGUCUGACCGGCCGCCGUCCAUAAAAAUGUUGGCCGCUCAGAAAGGGGGCACGUGAUGACGCUUGACAUCCAACAAGUGUUUGAUUGAACUUGUGGCAGCAAAAGUAAUUUAUUUGGACGACUUCCUGUCCAGUUUGUCAACACAAUAAAAGAUUGACA